AUGGUGGUGGAGGGGGGUGGGUUGCGGAAUCCUAGCCCGUGCGCUCGGCUCGCGGUCGCCCGGCCUCGGCCCCUGAGCAGCGAGUUCUCGCCAGGGGCCGGGGCUCAAAGUUCGCAGGCGGCGCCCGGGGCCGGCCCCGCGGAGACGGGAUGCCGGGGCGAGCAUCCGGCCGGCCGCCGGGCCGGGGGCCGGGAGCAGCCGCAGGAGAGGUGCCCCCGGCCCCCGCCGACGCGCGGCGGGGCCCCGUCAGCGCCCCCCGGAAGGCCCGGGGUGCCGGGCGCGCCGGGCCGCCCUCCCGGGACGCGCGUGAGGCGGCGGGCGGCGCGCGGGGGGCGCGCGCGCGUGCGAAACUCGGCCGCGAAGCCCCGCUCCCGACUGGGUCCUGUGAGCGGAGCCAACAUGGCGUCUCCCAGCGCGCCGCGAGCGCCGGGCUGCCAGGCGCGGCGGGGCCGGCUAAUGGGAAACACAUUGGGUAUCCGAAAGGGGGAAAAAAAAAACGGGGGCGGGGUCGGGGGGGGGGCCUAA